ACCUUCAAAAAAAUGGAAAACCUAUAUAAGAGUGUUGUACUGAAAACUUCUGCUCCAAUUCCCUCAAGUUUCCCUGCAGAUCUUCUGGUUUCAGACUUUGAAGAAGAACACCGGCGAGAGGUGGCGGGAUCUCAUGGUCUCGUCUGAUGAUCCUCUCUCUCGAUCACAGACCCAAAAUCCUCCUCCGCUUUCUCACUUUUUCUACUUGCAGUCGCAAAUGGAUUUCCGCUUCACCCUCCAAAUCCCUGCCGCCACAAUCUCCUCCACUCCUCAAUCUUUCUACCCUCUUCAACUCCGGCAACACCCAUCUGCACAGCCCCGAACGCGAGCUCACUCUGGUCUCGGCCCUGAAAUCUUGCGCCUCCAACAUGGCCGUCUCUCAGGGACGCCAAAUCCAUUGCCUCGUCGUAAAAUCCGGCCUUGCUUCCAACACCUUCAUUCACAAUAGCAUCCUCAACAUGUACGCCAAAUGUGGCCUCAUUGGGGAAGCUGAUUCCAUUUUCACUUCGUGCUGGGACUUGGACACUGUUUCUUGCAACAUCAUGAUAUCUGCGUACAUGAAAUCUAGGCGACUGGAAGAUGCACGCAGAUUGUUCGACGUAAUGCAUAGCAAAGGUUGCGUGUCUUACACGACCAUGAUAAUGGGUUUCGCUCAAAAUGAUCGAUGGGCUGAAGCGGUUGGGAUUUUCAGGGAUAUGAGGAAUGCGGGUGUGGCGCCUAAUGAGCUGGCUUUAGCCAGCGUGAUAUCUUCUUGUUCGCAUCUUGGCGGGAUUUGGGAUUGCAGAAUGUUACAUGCUUUGUCCAUUAAGUUGCAGCUGGAAGGACAGGUUCUUAUCUCGACAAAUUUGCUGCACAUGUAUUGUGUUUGUUCCAGUUUAGGGGAGGCAAGGAGUUUGUUUGAUGAGAUGCCGGAGAAGAAUAUAGUUUCUUGGAACGUGAUGUUAAAUGGAUACUCAAAAGCAGGGCUUGUUCAGUUAGCGAGGGAACUGUUUGAGAGGAUUCCUGAGAAGGAUGUGGUUUCAUGGGGCACCAUGAUUGAUGGAUAUGUGCAAGUGGAAUGUCUAAGUGAAGCUUUGAUGUUGUUUUCUGAAAUGCUAGGAAAUGGGAUGGGGCCUAAUGACGUUAUGGUUGUGGAUUUGAUUUCAGCUUGUGGGAGAUCGGCAGCUGUUAAUGAGGGUCGGCAACUUCAUGGUGCUGCUGCGAAGAGAGGUUUUGACUGUUAUGAUUUUGUUCAGGCCACAAUUAUUCAUUUUUAUGCAGCUUGUAGUAUGAUUGACUUGGCUCAUUUGCAGUUUGAAGUGGGUGUUAAGGACCAUAUAGCAUCUAGGAACGCCCUUAUUGCAGGAUUCUUAAAAAAUAGAAUGAUUGAACAGGCAAGGGACUUGUUUAAUGAUAUGUCUACAAGAGAUGUCUUUUCUUGGAGUACCAUGAUUUCUGGUUAUGCCCAGAGCGAGCAGCCUAAUAUGGCAUUGGAACUUUUCUCUGAAAUGAUUGCUAGUGGGGUUCAACCAAAUCAAAUCACGAUGGUGAGUGUUUGCUCUGCAAUUGCCUCAUUAGGCAGGUUCAAUGAAGCAAAAUGGGCUCAUGAAUAUGUUCGUAGGAGCUGCAUUACUUUUAAUGACAAUCUAAGCGCAGCUAUAAUUGACAUGUAUGCCAAAUGUAGCAGCAUCAAUACUGCCUUGGAAGUUUUCUAUCAAGUUCGAGACAGGGUAUCGACUAUCUCUCCAUGGAAUGCCAUUAUAUGUGGCUUGGCCAUGCACGGACAUGCCAAUUUAUCUCUUAAAACUUACUCGGACUUGCAGCAGUGUCCUAUCAAACCCAAUUCAAUUACAUUCAUUGGGGUCCUUAGCGCGUGUUGCCAUGGAUAUGCUUUACUAUGCUCUUGUGAUGGAAUUUAG